AUGGCGAAGAAAGGUGGAAACAGUAAAGCCGAAGCGGCCAAAGAAAAGAAGAAUGCUAACAAGAUGGAAAAAGAACGUGCUAAUAAAGCUAAAGAAGAAGAAGCUGAAGCAGCAAAAUGGUCUCAAGGUGCAAAGAAGAAUGCAAAGAAAGAAUCUGAAGCUGAAAAGAAGGCUGCUGCCGCUGCAAAGAAAGCAGAAGCUGCCAAGUUAUUGGCUGAAGAAGAAAAGGAAUUGGCCAAAUCAAAACCCAAACUUAGUGGAGCUGCCAAGAGUGCUGCAAAGAAAUCUGCCAAAGUGGAUCAAGCGUCUGCUGCUCGUCGUACUAUUCCCGAAUUCUCUGCCAGUAAUAUUGAUGAUGCUCUCGAUCUAUUGUCGUUGAAUGAAAGUGGUGGUGUCAAGGCAAAGGAUAUUGAAAAACAUCCUGAACGACGAUUCAAGGCUGCUUUGGCUGCUUAUGAAGAAAGGGAAUUACCUCGUUUCAAACAAGAAAAUCCAGGUCUUCGUCUCAGUCAAUUGAAGGAUUUGAUGUAUAAGGCAUUCCAAAAAUCACCUGAAAAUCCAUUUAAUCAAGCAAAUAUUUUGGCAUAUAACGCUACUCAAGAGGAUGCUAAGGCUUUGAAAGAUCAAAAACGCAAGGAAAUCGAAGAUCGUCUUCGUGCUUAGGUUUUUAUCCAUUUGUCUCCCUCUUUCUCAUAUUAGUUUUGUUAAUAUUAUUGUCAUCAUCCUCUUUUGUUUUAUUACCGUUAUCGUCAUAUCACCUGCAUUAGCAUAAUAUUUGUAUUUAUUUAUCCCCUUUUCUUUUUUAGUUUUCUUUUUAUGGCUUAUCCAUUAUCACUGUUAGAUGUCAAUAAAAAAAAUCAUUAUUUAUUAUUCCUUUGA